GCGGCUCCGCAGGUUGUUCGGAGGCCGGCGGCAAAGCUCUCAGGCACCGCCCACACUCUCCUGUUUGUGCCGCCGUCCGGCCCCUCCACUCUCGCCCCCUGCAAGGAGCGCCGAAACCUUUUCAGGCUACAGGGGGAGCUUUACGAGACCGCCUUCCUCUCAGCAGCUGAAAUGCUCGCACGCCGAGACUGAGCCCUCCCCUACCUCUUCCUCAGGCUGCUUGCUUUUCCCCACACCUGACACAAAGGGCUUGGCUUGUGCAUAACAGGCGGGCAGGCAGGACUAACGAGAAGAGAGGGCAAUGUUAAAGAAAAGAGGAAAAAAACGACCGUGGUGGGGGCGAAACAAGCGGCACCAUCGCCUUGAACAAUGAAAUUUUUUUUAGAGAGAGGAGGAAGCGGAAAUAGGUAAUAGCGGCUGCCGCUAGGUGUUCGUUUGGUGUCCUUUGCAUAGUUCCUGUGAUAAUCUCGAAGGGAAGAGGGAGUGCUGGGCUCAGCGCUUUCCCCCUCAGCGCACAUUGGAAGUAGCGUUAAAAGACAGGAGUUCUCUUCCUUGGGGCUGAAGCCCCCUUGAAUCCAGUAGGGCUGACUUCAAGCCCAGGACUGGGCUGAAAGGCGCGAUUUUUCUAGCUCCCCUGAAUUUAAGUAUGUUAGUGACAUCUUCCACUUGAACACGGUCCCUUUUUAUUGGGGUGUGCAUUUAUCUGUUUGUUGGAGAGGAGAACCGAUCAUUGUAGUUCUUUAUUUUGCAGUUGGAGGACGGGGAAAACCGGUUCGAGUCUCUCCCCCCUUCCGCCCUCCCCUUUGUUUGGAGCGUCAUUCCCACUUAACCAUAUGCAUAUUUCAACCUAGCCUCUUUCAUCAUCCCACCCACCGAUAUUCAAAACGAAACUGAUCACCUCUUGGGAAAGUUGCAAUUGUUCUGAGCGACUUCCCCACACUAUCAUCUGGCUGUCUUUUUUUUAAAUUCCUUUGGCACAAGCCACAAUAGCGACUACUAUUUGGGCUGCGUGUGUGACCAGAAUAUUUUAAAACAUACAUACGGCCCGCCCGCCCGCAAAUGUGAGUGUCCUCGCUGUACCUAGUCUACCCAGAUGCACCUAAUUCAGUCAAAUCAUUACGUGAUAGCCAGUUUUCCUGGGCAGUCUUUCCUCUGGCUUGGACUCCGGUUUGAAAUAACAAAAAAGGGGAUCUAGACGGGGGAGAAGGAGGAGGAGUCAGGGUGUGUUAAGGGGUUUACAACUCCCUCCCCUCGCCAUAUGGGAGCAGGCUGGAAACUGUUGUUAGGUAUGUGGUUCCUAGGUCAGCCGCACGCUGGAUUAAACUAGGAAGAAGCUGGGGGCAGUUUCAGGCAACCAUGGAGAAUGUGGAGUUCAGAGGCGGCCAGGAAAGGUUUCCGGACAAAGAUCCGAGGCUGAAUCCAGUACUUUUAGAUCAGGGACAAACUCACCAGCAACUGUUGAUAGGGGAUCAGAGAGGAGUCGAUUCAUACAAACUGGUGGAAGUACAAUUGACUGGUGGAGCUCCCUGGGGAUUCACGCUAAAAGGAGGAAGAGAACACGGAGAGCCUCUUAUCAUCACUAAGAUCGAAGAAGGCAGCAAAGCUGCAGCUGCUGACAAGUUGCUGGCUGGGGAUGAAAUUGUCAACAUAAAUGAUGUGGACCUCUCUGGGUUCAGGCAAGAGGCUAUCUGCCUGGUGAAAGGUUCGCACAAGUUGUUAAAGCUUGUAGUGAAAAGAAAAAAUGAUCUAGCCUGCAGGCCCCACUCCUGGCAUGCGACCAAAUUCACUGAGAAUCUGCCUGAGACAGCCACGUCACGCCGCUCCUCAGCCAAUGCCUGUGCUUCAUGGCACUCUCGGUAUCGUGCAAGCUCGUCUUCCCAUGAUUUGUCAAGCUCAUGGGAUCAGUCAAAUCUACAUCGUACCUCAGACCAAUUCAGCUCUGCUGGAAGCAUGGACAGUUGGGAUCACUCACCCCAAAUAUAUCAAUAUGGACAGAUUUCCUCUGCAAAGUCCAAUAACAGCAUUGACCACCUAGGGAAUCCCAGCAAAAGGGAUUCUGCCUAUGGCUCUUUUUCUACUAGCUCCAGCACACCUGACCACACAUUGUCCAAUGUAGAUGCUGCCUCAACAGAGAAUGUGGGAUACAAAGUGGGUCAUUGGGAAACCCCAAAACCAAUCAAUAGCAAGGCUGCCUCAUUUCUAAGUGAUAAUGGAGGAUUAGAGGAGAAACCCAGUUGUUUUCCACCUCCUGUACAGUAUGAAAACAACCAGAGCCCCCGACUGGAAGAUCAUUCUGGUUCAAAGUAUUCUGGGUCUGGAAGAUCAAAUUUUGGACCUGUGUGGUAUGUCCCAGAUAAGAAAAAGUCACCCUCUCCUCCCCCCCCACCACCUCCUCUUCGUAGUGAUAGCUUUGCUGCCACCAAGAGUCACGAGAGAGCCCAUGCUCCUCUGCAUCCAGAUGGUAUUCAGAGCACCCAGCACUUUGAAGUCCUGCACAGGCCACAAACCAAGAAUGAUUGGAGUACUGAAACAGUAGAGCAACAAAAGCGAGAUACUAGGGCAGUUGACAAGGCCUCAGAAGGACGGCAGGGUAGCAAACCAACUUACAGAUCUGAUCUCAGUCUGGAUUAUGGUUUGUCUUCUGCUGGGGACAGGGUCAACAAUAACAUGGGAAAUUUCAACAGACUUCAUUCAUCUCUAUCCAGUACUGAUGUUCGAUUUGCACAGUCUGCUUAUGGGCAUCAUUGCCAUCACCAUCAGCGCCAGUACAGUGAUGAAAGCACUUUCUUUCGCAAUGCAAAAGUCUCUGCAUCACCUAAAGAGCAGCGGCAUCUCUCCACUUAUGCUGGCAUUCAGGAAAGGCCCACUGACAAACAUAGCUAUCAUCCAAACCAAGCCAGGAUACUUGAUAGUACUACUACCGCUUCUUCUGACAUGAGUUCUGAGGAGCAAAUGGAUAACACUGGGCAAAGUCGCUAUUACUGUGUGACAGUGAAACAGCCUGUUCAGGGAAACUCAAGACCACUACACAAAGAUGAAUGUUUGAAUCCUGGAAUAGGGAGCCAUGCCUCCUCUGGACCACAAGAGAGUCCUCCCAUAGCUACAAUGAUCCAGAGUCCCAAAAACUGUCUACCUCAGCAACCUGUUGAGUCUUCUGUGGAUGUAUGUGAAAAGAGCAGUCGUCAUGUAGCAAAUAAAGGAGAGGAGGUUAGAACUGUUGUAACAGAAUAUGCCAAGAAGAUACACUUCCCUGAAAAACCAGGGCAGACCAAGAACUUUGAGGAGAAUCACAGUAGUUACCUUGAGCAUGAAUACGGGUGGGAAUGUGCCCUAAUGUCCAACAGUAAAGCUGCCCCAAAAGAUUUCAAGUGGAGUCAGGAAGAGAGCUACAAAAUUUCUCCUCAGAAGACCCCAAUGUUGCACUCUUUAGCUCAGGAAGGAAAAGGCCAGGCUGAUCCUGCCACUGAAAUUGAGGUUACUAAACAACCUGCAUUUGAUGCUAAUCUGAGCAAAAAUGCACGAAGGAGUGAUCGCUUUGCUACCACACUGAGAAAUGAGAUCCAGAUGAAAAGAGCAAAGCUACAGAAAAGCAAAAGCACAGCUUUCUUAACAGGGUCAACUGAGACAGAAGAGUACACUGAGAACUGGAAACCUGAUUCAGCAGAAAAGAUAAACUCUUCAUCAGAAAGUUCUUUUACUAGUGUGUACAAAGACAAUCUGAAAGAGGCCCAGGCCAGGGUCUUGAAGGCCACCUCUUUCCAACGAAGGGAUUUGGAACCCAGUUUUACAGUUUAUCUUCCAGACCGGAGGGCUAAUAAUUAUAACUCUUCCCCAUUGGCUCUUGUCUCUGAAGAUGAAUCAGGCUUCCUUGAAGCUAGACAGUCUUCUAAACAGACUUCAUCUGGUAAUAAUGUUCACCAUAUUUCUCGCAUUGGAGCUAGGAAGAGGUUCACAACAGAACAAAAAUUGAAAUCUUAUUCUGAGCCCGAGAAGAUAAAUGAGGUUGGGGUGUCAGAAGGUGAUCACCCACACCAUCGUCCAGCUACUUCUGAUGAAGCCUUGGGUUCAUUUGCAGAUAGGUGGAAGUUCUUUGAAGAAACUAGUAAGCCUGCUUAUCAAAAAUCUUCACAGAGACAUACUCCCUAUGGUCGAUCAGAAGUUCAGCCUGCUAACAAUCCUCAUACCAAUUUUCAUGAAGGUGAGAUUGAUGGAUUGUGGUAUGAAAGAAGGAUGCGGUCAGCUUCUUUUGGAGUUGAGAAUAUGGUUGGUGCAUAUGUUAGACCCAAGGAAAAUGUCCAUCCUAGUGGCUGGAAAUCAAAAUCUGGACAAUCUCAGAGGUUAGAAACUUUUGCAGAAUACCAAGCAUCUUGGAAAGAGCAGAGGAAACUUAUAGAGACUCGGAGCUCGGGAAGGUAUCAUUCAGCUGACAACAUCCUUGAUGCUGGCCAUGAGCAGCUUGAGAAAUCACCAUGUACGCAUGAACGGUCCAGGUCAUCCCCUUCUACAGAUUUCUACAAACAGGAAGCAUCAGCUGAAUCCAGGAGACAAGCAGAAAAUAAAAGGGAAAACAAAGAAUUUAUGUGCUCUACAGCAAGAUCUGGUGAAAAAAGCUGCAAUUUAAGGCCAGCUGACACAGGGUACUCAGAAGGCCAUCCUGGAGAGCCUGCAGGUCAGCAGGAUUACAGUUUUGGAAACAAAUGGAAAGCAUCUGCUAGGCCCUCACAUACAGGGCAGCCUGUAGUUGCAUCUCAGGGCAGCCGAGGUAGAUCUGGGACGUUGCCCAGUGAUUACAGAUACCCGCAGGAAAAUGUUACUGAAAAAAGCAAAGAUUACAGUGUGCUGCCUCUUGCUAUUUCUGAGCUACAAAUAUCCGAUGGCAAAGGAAAGGAAAGUCUGUGGGCAGAUCCACUCCUGAGUAAGAAACAUGGCCCCAUGCCUCAGAGGCCUCCCCCUCCAAAACAAGAGAAUAAAUACAGACAACAAGACAAUUCUUCAGCAUCACUUGCUGCUUCCUCAGAGUCUUUACUGACAGUCCCCAACAAUCCAGUUCAGUUUCUCUCUCCUGAUGCCAGUGUGGUUGAGGUUAGCUUGUCUCCUCAGAUAGCUGUAAAGAUUUCUGAAAAAUUAAUAAACACUGAACAAUCAGCAUCCAUCGAGAAUGUUUGUCAGCACUUAGAAGAAAAAACACAUCUCAACUCUGAACCUGGGUUGUCUUCAACAUAUCGCUACCAUUUGAAACCUGGAAUGGAGACUUCAAGGUCCCCUUCCCCACAAUUUGCUCCACAGAAGUUGACUGAUAAACCGCCUGUGGCUGUUCAGGAUGAGAAUCCCACAAGAAUCGAAAGAGUUAUGGAUAACAACACAACAGUAAAAAUGGUUCCUAUCAAGAUUGUACAUUCUGAGAGCCAUGCAGAGAAGGAAAGUAGGCAGAAUCUUGUGCACACCAUAGAGCCUCCUGCUUUACCAAGUGGCUUGGAGAAAGACCAGAUUAAGACGCUCAGCACCUCUGAACAGUCCUACUCUCGUUUCUGUGCUUACACGAGGCACGGGGUAGAGCCGGAACCUGAGAACAAAAGCCAGGUUCCUUAUUUGCAACCUCCUGAAGCACUUGGAGCCAACCAAAAGGACAGUGAUGUUUCUGCCCAUGGGGUUAGCUAUGUGAGGGCCAAAGAAAAGACCAUAGAAGACUGGAAGUCAGAAGAGCUAGCCAGAGAGAUUGUGGGCAAGGAUAAGUCACUAGCAGAUAUCUUGGACCCAAGAGCAAAAAUAAAAACUACAAUGGACCUAAUGGUGGGGAUCUUUCCGAAAGAUGAGCAUCUCUUGGAAGAAGCUCAACAGCGCAGAAAGCUUCUUGUAAAAAAUCCUUCACCAAAAACGGCAGAGGACAAGAAAGAGGAGCAGCCUCUGCCUUUGACUAUCCCCCUGACAACCAAUUCUACUUACUAUAGCACAUCUGCACCCAAGGCAGAAUUGCUGAAUAAAAUGAAGGACAUGCAGCAGCAGCAGCAGCAGCAACAGCAAAACGAGGAUUCUGAGGAUGAGCUAGACCACGAUUUGUCUGAGAAGAAGCAAGAACUGAUAGAUAGCAUAAGUCGAAAGCUGCAAGUGCUGCAGGAAGCUCGAGAGGCACUCUUGGAAGAUAUUCAAGCCAACAAUAUGCUUGGAGAUGAAGUGGAGGCCAUUGUAAAAGAGGUCUGCAAACCCAAUGAGUUUGACAAGUUCCGGAUGUUUAUUGGGGAUCUAGACAAAGUAGUCAACCUCCUGCUAUCACUCUCUGGUCGUCUUGCCCGUGUAGAAAAUGCACUAAACAACUUGGAUGAAAAUGCCUCUCCUGAAGAGCGGCGGAUCCUGGUAGAGAAGCAAAAACUGCUCACACAACAGCAUGAAGAUGCAAAGGAACUAAAGGAGAACCUAGACCGAAGGGAACGCAUUGUGUAUGACAUUUUGGCCAACUACCUGAGUGAUGAAAGCCUUGCAGAUUAUGAGCACUUUGUCAAAAUGAAGUCAGCCCUCAUCAUUGAGCAACGAGAAUUGGAGGACAAAAUCAAACUUGGGGAGGAGCAACUCAAAUGUCUGACUGAUAGCCUUCAGCCUGACAGGCCCAAAUGACACCCAAGGACAUGGAAACUAGGAUGACUUGGUUUAGAAGUAUAGAACUUCUCUGAUCACUAGUAGGAGCUGCUCAAAAGAAACAACUAGAAGUCAUAAUAGCAAUAAUGUUGGGGGGGGGAGUUGUUUCUAUGUGGGGUUAUUUGCAUUUCUAGAAACACUUCAAAGCCUCUUUGGUUUUCCCUUAUCAUACAGCCUUAGGAACCUCUUCAGACAUUAGAUUCUGUGCUUCAGAUUCAGUAUAUUCAGGAAUCUGCUGUGCUUGUACAUGAGUGCAGUUCUUUUUAAAAAAUAAAUUAUGUAUGUAUGGCUUCUAUUCUUUUCAGAUCCAUAUAGACUGCAGUGGACACCCCCAAAAAAGUAAAAAAGAUUUUAGGGAUUAUUUGGGGGGGUUAUGGAUGUGGGGAUAUAGCCAUAUCAAAUAGACGGAACACAGAAUACAAUGCUAUUUAGCAUUGUAUUCAGAUUGGUGAGAUAUAGUGGCAUUUUCAAAUUUGCACAUUUAAGCUGCAGUCUUAUGCACACUUACCUGGGAGUAAGCCCCAUCAAACACAGUGGGACUUACUUCUGAGUAAAUGCACAAGAUUGCACUGGCAGGUGCUAUUUUGAAGAAGUGUUGCAUAAGCUCUGCCUUUCAAAUCAUAUAUGUCAAAACUGUUUGGACAAGUAGACAUUGUAACAGCCUAUAAUAAAACUAUUUCCAAACACACCAGGGAAUUGUGUGUUUGUUUGGCUGUAUAGGUUUUAAUGUCUUAGAGGGGUGGGUCUUACUAAACUAUAUUUCAUUUGAAGAUCAGGUUGGAGAUUUUUAGCCAGCUUUAUUCAGUUCGUGUCAGUAAUGGGGAUGAGGUAGGUGGCACGAGGGGAAUAUUUCAUUCAGCUCAGUAUGAAUGAAGUAACUAAGGGUCUGACUCUAAUAAGCGCAGGUCUGUAAAUACAAGGCAGAACUGCUCUACAUUGUGUGUGGUGCCAUUUGCUAGGGAUUCAGUGAAUCACACUUCGAAUUAGAAGAUCAUUCUGUAUAUCUGUAAUUUGCACAAAGGUAAUUGUUUUUAUUUGUCAUGUCCUUAGUGCCUAGGUCUGCUGUUGCUCCAGUUUUUUCAUGCCUCAAUAAGAAGCAUAAUUUUUGUUUUACUAAAGUACAUUGGAAAAAAUUCAGAGUUAAGUGUGUGUGUGUGUUUGCCCAUUUUCACAUUGACAAAUAUCCCCGUAACAGUGGGACUUUGUUUUCAGUUCAGCAACACAAACAGUGAUGUAUUAACACUGUCAUCAGAAAAAUUAUACUGUUUCUAAAAAGCCCUAUUAAACUGUUUUUUACAUAACAGGAGGGAUGUGAUAACAAAUGCUGGUGUACCAAUCUGCACAAUAAGUGUUCCCUUGUAUUAAUGUACAUAUCUGGCAGAUAAAGGGAAAUCUGAUGCUUUGUGUAUAGGCUCUUUUUAAGUUAUACUGAGACAGUUAUUUACUCAGCACUUAAAUCUUGCUCUGGCCAUAGUGCCCUCUCUCACAAGUGCAACUAAUGUGAACAUUACAAGAAAGAAAGAAUUAACCUUCCAUUAGAUUUUAGUGUAGAAGAAACAUUUUCCUUCUGUGGUUCUCAUCAUUCAGGUACGUACAGUAAAAAACCAAUAUAAACAGUUGACUGUACAAGGCCUUUGCAUAAUCACUUCUGUGUGAUCAAGUAUUUCAUACACAAAUCCUACACAGGGCUUCUCCCCUAGUUAUCAGUGCUAAUUCACUCACCCUAGGCUAACUCUUCCCCUGUCCUAGAUCAAUAUCAUUCCUUUAAAACUCUGUUGUGCUGAUGGGUCCCAAGGGGUUUUUUUGUACCAUUCACACGACAUCUGACAAAUUCUCAUCACCAGAUGCUGCUACAGCUAACCAAUAUUAGAGAAAUUGAUCAAUUUUCUCUUGGAAUCUUCUUCCUGGUCCUUAAAUAAAGCCAAGCUAAGAUAAAUGAUUAUUUGUACUUCAGUCAGAUGUAAGCUUUUACAUGUCACUCCAUAUAAAAAUAACUAUUGAUUCUGAUUGUGCAUGUGAACUCCAAAUAUAAUGUCAGUAUGUGUGUAUACAGUACUUUGAGUUAAAUCAUAUAAUUCUUAUGAAGAUAGCAAUGUGGAAAUUGAUGUGUAAUUAUAUAUUAUCCUUUUCAUAAUGUGAUAUUUAAUCCCCACCUACAACUUGCCCACGCUGCCCUGCUUUCUUUUCGACUUGAAAGGACAAAACAAAGGCAGGCUCUUUGAAAGGGACCAGGAGUGGGAUAGUCCCUACUGAUGUGCAUAUUUCUAUAAAUAGCUCUGUUGUUGCUUUGAGAGAGAGAGAGAAAGAAUCUGGUGCUAACGUCUUGCCUCUGGCACCCAUGAGUGAAGGAUUACUUUUUCUACCUUAUGGGUCACUGCAGUUUUCAGAGUUUUUCGUAUAGUGAAGAAAAAAGUCUUUCUAAUUUCUCCAGUUGUCCCUUUUGAGUUUUCAACCCCGAAUAAAAGCAUAUAGAGAUUUCUUACUUGUUGCUUAAGUACAACAUCUUGCUUCACCAAGGGAAAUAAACUGAAUAUUGUGUUUCA